AUGAAAAUAAAAACCACGCAAAAAAAAAUCAGUUUAGAGAGUUUAGAGUAUCCCUACUUUAAUUGUAACUUCUUUUUAAUUAGCAUUUGUAUUUCCUUCUGCGCUGAGACCGACACGCUUCUCCUCUAACGCUAUGUUUUUGUCUCAGCUCUGAUUUAUAUUCGAUUAUGUUCGACUUCACGCUGACGUAAUGCUCAAAGGCGCUCCGGGACACGUGACUGAGCGCGGCGCGCGGGGGGGGGGAGCGCGGGAACCGCCGCUCCGUGAAGGAAGACGCAAACCUCGCUUUAACCGGCGGCUCCUGCGGCUCAACGCUCCGGUCGGACGCGCGAAGGAGAGAGGCGGAGAGAAAAGAAACGCGAGGCGGAAAGAAAGCCAAACGCGAGGCGCGCGGUCGCCGGCGUCCCCCCCCCGAAGCGCGCGUGGUACGGUCCACUCCGCCGCGAGCCGUUCUUUGAUCCGCCGCCGCUCGGCUCUGGAGCGGAUUCGGUCCGGAUUUUCGCGUUUCACGAGCCGCGGAAUAGCCAUGCGCUCGCGACAGCCGCCGUGCGGAGAUCGACGCGCGUCCCCCGCCUGAAGCAGCGCCCGGUGCGUUCGAGAGACCCGCGCGGAACCCAGGGCUCGAUCCGCGGACCGGAGUAACGGAGCGCCGGUCCCAUGUUGCAGCCGAACCAGCACGACCACGACCGCUCCAAAGAUCCGGUGAAAUACGGAGAACUGCUGAUCCUCGGGUAUAAUGGCUCUCUUCCCGGAGGAGACCGCGGUCGAAAGCGGAGCCGCUUCGCUCUCUACCGACGAGCCAAAGCCAACGGAGUCCGGCCCAGCGCCGUCCACAUCCUCAGCAACCCGCAGGACAGCAAGGCGGUGAACAGCAGGGGGCAGCACAGCAUCUCCUUCACCCUCUCCAGGAACCAGACGGUGGUGGUGGAGUACUGCCACGAUGCCGACACCGACAUGUUCCAGAUCGGCCGCUCCACCGAGAGCCCGAUAGACUUCGUGGUGACGGACACCCCGGGAGGAUCCAAGGAGAGCGAGGACUCGUCUUCGGCGCCCAGCACCAUCUCCCGCUUCGCCUGCAGGAUCGUCUGCGAGCGGAACCCGCCCUACACCGCCCGCAUCUACGCCGCCGGCUUCGACUCGUCCAAGAACAUCUUCCUCGGGGAGAAAGCCACGAAGUGGAAGAACCCGGACGGUCACAUGGACGGACUGACCACCAACGGCGUUCUGGUGAUGCAUCCGCUGGGGUUCCCUGAAGAACCCAAGCAGGGCGUGUGGAGAGAGAUCUCUGUGUGUGGAGACGUCUACGCCCUCCGAGAGACCCGCUCCGGACCCAUCCGAGGACAGCUGGCUCAGGGUGAGAGCAGCGCUCUUCAGGACGGCUCUCUCGUGGAUCUGUGCGGGGCCACGCUGCUCUGGAGGACGGCCGGGGGUCUGCUGAAGGCCCCGACCUUGCGGCACCUGGACGCCCUGCGCCUGGAGCUGAACGCGGCGCGGCCCCAGUGUCCGGUGGGCCUGAGCACGCUGGCCUUCCCCAGCCUCCCGCGGAGCCACAGCCUGGAGGAGCGGCAGCCCUGGGCCUACCUGAGCUGCGGACACGUGCACGGCCGGCACGACUGGGGCCAGCGGCCCGAGGGCCACCGCGAGCGCAGCGAGGGCCCCGGAGGACGCCGCGAGUGCCCGCUCUGCCGGAGCCUGGGGCCCUACGUGCCGCUGUGGCUGGGGGCCGAGCCGGGCUUCUACACGGACGCCGGGGCCCCGACCCACGCCUUCGUCCCCUGCGGCCACGUGUGCUCCGAGAACACGGCUCGGUACUGGGCCGAGACCCCGCUGCCCCACGGGACCCACGCCUUCAGACCCACCUGCCCCUUCUGCUCGGCCCCGCUGGCCCCGGGCCCAGGGGUCACACGCCUCAUCUUCCAGGGGCCCAUCGAUUGAUGAGGGGGCCGAACGAGGGCCGAAAGGAGGGGUUAGAAACGCGCUGCCUUCCGGUCACGUUCAGAUCUCGUCAGGAGCUAGUUAAGAUUCAGGCUUUCUACUGAUGGGUAAAAAAAAUGAGAAAACACCUUUAAAGUUGUCCAAAUGAAGUUCUUAGCAAUGCUUAUUAAACGUUGGUAUGUUUACGGUAGGAACGAACACGAUGACAUGAUCUUUACUUAAUAUCCUGUGACUUUUGGCGUAAAAGAAAAGCCUGAAUCACAUGAUUCUUCAUGAAAAGUCUAAAACAUCCUUAGCUGUGUUUAUGUGCAUGAAGCUUUUGACUCGUUGAGAAAAAGACGUGCGCGUUAGCAUAGAAAUAUCCAAGUCACGUCCUUUAUAUCUUGAAGUGCUGACUCGCUGUGUCUGAAUAUCACUAAUAUAACCGUAAUGUGAUCGUUUAGCCGGCGUGAUCUUUCUUCAGUGAAACGUUACCGAAACAUUUCCGAACUGUUGCCGGCAGCCAUAGACCUCCACAGUACGGAAAUAAAUGACCGCCGCCAGCUUUUCGUCUUUUCCGUUCAUUCGGUGUAAGACGGAAACGUGAACAUGGAAGUAAAUAAUGAGCCGAAUUAUUAAUAACCGUCCCUUUAAGUAGGUUUUCAGCAGUAUUUCGUAUCUCUGCGUUCCACUAAAAGUUGCCAAAAACACGUGAACGCGGACCGCUUCUCACAUGAUAAAAGGCUUCUAUCCGGUGAAGACACUCAUAAAGUCACAGAUUCCUCAGCACUGAAAUGUUUAGCGCUGUCCCUCCGAUCAGAUGAAGCAGUAUUUCUGGAGCGCUGGAGAAACGUGACGUGAAGGCAGCGGCGCCUCCUGAGGCCGAGCGCUGAUCCCCGCCUCCUUUCGCUCCUCUGCGGCCUCCGGCGCUCGACCCUCGACACCCCGCACACUAGAAAGUACAAGAUCCUUUACUACAGCACCGCUUUCCAGCAAUAAACCCUGCAGAACGACGCAGCGGUUCGAGCCGUGCACUUCCUGACUUCAGCUCAAAAAAACCCCCGAAACAACCGUGGCUCGACCUGGCCUUGUGUUUCAGUUGGUUCUCUUCUUCUGUUCCUUUGGUUUUAGAGUCGUCUUCUUCUGAUUGUUUUAGCGUUUAAUGACAGUUGUAGCUGCAGUAUAUGCCGUAGUUGUUUGGAAUUGUCAAGAUGUCAUAUUUUUCUACAUGACUGUGUUACUAAACUUUUGACUUGAGGUCAGAUUGUUUUAUAUACAAGUGUUUCACAUAUAGCAGUAUAUAGAUUAUAUAUAACUCUCUCUCUCGCUCUAUAUAUAUAUAUAUAUAUAUGAAUAUAUAUUAUUUUCUGUACAUGAUAUGAUUUGAGUCCAGGAGAGCUUGCUGAAGACCGAAUGCUCCGACGCGACAUCUAACCACAAACACCGCAGGAACCGUCCUCUCACUUCCUAUCCGUGUCUUGUUUUCUAGUACUCGUAUUUUAAAAAUGACUGAAUCGAGAUGAAUUUACUGCACAAGUAAAAUGACAUUAAUUCAAUUGCUUUUGCUCAAUAGAAGCAAAGAUAUCUCCCAAUGGGGCGAUGAAUCCUUCCCCCGCUGGCUGACGUUUCUGCUUCGUUUUAAGCACGAAGCCAGACGUGAUCUGGUCAGUAAAUGCAUCUUGAUUUGAAGAACGUUGAGGUUUGGUUCUGCUGGAAAACCAGGCCGGAGCAGCAGGUGAGAGACGGGUUGGUUGCGGCGAGCUCUCGAUCCGUGUGAUGAAUGUACGGCGCUUCGUUACCGUCUCCGGUCUCCCUGGUGCUAACGAUGACUUCAAACGCUGAUUUUAAUUGCAGUUGUUUUGCGCUGAACUUCACUGCACUCCUGGAAAACCUUUGAUUGUUUCGCUUCUAAAAGGCUGGUGGCGCUUUAUGAUGACUUUCAUCACGAGCAAACGACGAGCGGUCUGUUCCAGCGUGCUUUUUGCCGUUAGCUCUUUUAGAAGGACGUUUCGCCCUCAGUUCUGGAGAAGUGUCUCCUCAAUGGAUGUGAAUGGGUGCCGUCGGAAUGAGAGUCCGGUGAAAACGUCGCAAAAAUCGAUGAUAGCUUGGGGGGAAGAAGUGACAUUUUGUUAAUGGUUUCGUUAAUGUUGCUAAAUAUAUUAAAAGGUAUGUAUUUUUACUUAAUUAUGAGAAUGUUGAGGAAGCGUUUGAUCGAAGCAUUUUACAGACAUCAAAAUGUUACACUUGAAUGUUCACAACGUUGAAAGAACGUUCUGAGAACGUUCUCUGUUAGUUGAUAAUCCAGACUCUUCCUCCAGUGAAGAAGAAGUGUUCUGGUCUGAAUCGGGAGAGAAAUCUGCACGGAUCUAAACGAAUACGUGUCUGGAUCUUGACGAGAGAGACGACAAAAGACAUCAUCUUAAAGCUGGAUUAGUUUGAUCUUCUCCAGAUGUUCACCGAUGAACCGGAGCGCUGCGAUUGUUUUUAUCUGACCCUUAUUCCGACGGCACCCAUUCACUUCCAUUGCUGACGAAGGCAGACUCCUCCUGAUCUCACUUUGGGGUGAACGGUUUCUGGUUAAAAGCUGUUACUGAUGAAGGUUUCACGUGUAAAGCGUGACCGGGACACUGAGACGGUGUUUGGAUGAUAAUCGUUACCCGUAUGCCUGCACACCUCGCACUGUGCAUCUCCGAGCAUUAUAAGCUAAGCACUCGACAGAGCUUUGUAUUGCAGGGUUUAGAGACCGAAUAGCUCUACUUUUACCUCACAAGCUGUAGAAGAGACCUCAGUUUAUGACCGUAUUUUUUUACAGGCCGAUUAAAGCGACCGUAAACCGCUCCGAUCGCGUCUCGCUCGUUCUAAAUUUGUCGAGAUGCGGCGCUCACUCGAUUGUUUGCGCUCUCGGCCGCCGGAAACGGGGCUUCACCGCUGGAGCCGCUUCCUUGCGUCCUCCAAUCUCUGCAACAGAUCGCCUGAAAAUGAAGCGCCAUCUACUGCAUGCGAGGGGAACGAAUACAAGGACCGCUCCGAAGAACCUCGAUGCAGCUCUUUCUGGACGGUUUUAGAAACGCGCAUAUGCACUAGAUUUCCAAUGAUACGAUGCUUUAAGUCACUAUGCACUGAAUCUCCGCCACAGAUCAUAUUCAUGUUAAAAAUGCUGCAUUGACGUUUUUAACGUCAUUAACAUUAACAGAAAAGAGCUGCAUGGAGACUCCCACCGCGUAUUCUUUGGGUUUUUAUUCUUUAGCAAAAUCACUCUUGAGAAGGUCUCCUUUUAUUCUUGCUUGGAAACGAAUGCCGCACAUUUGUUUGUGUUGAGGUGCAGAAAAACCAAUCAAAUAAAAACGCAGAUAAAACGAAUCCAGGCUUUGUGCUCUUUCCGUGUAAAAGCGUCCGCUCAAUCAGGCUGCGCGGCGAAUGGAGGUGUAUCACGCGUCUCUGCCAGCGGGCGGCGCUCACGGAACAGCAGCGAUUUUUCUCGAUUUAUCGCCGUAAACGAACGGAGGCCGCGGCGCGAUUCCUUUAACUCCCGAAUUCAUUUCUUGGCGAUCUGUUGCUUUCGUCUGGAAUUGCUGCUUCCCUCAAACUACGGCGGUCUUCAUCGGAAGCUUCGGGGGCCGAGGAAGCGCGCGCCGCUCGAAACGCUCUUUUCCUCGGACGUUCUGUAGCAGAAAGUCUUCCAGACGAGCUCCACUCACUCUCGACUCCGCUCAGGUUCACACUAGUCCAAGUUUACAAGCGUGGUCAGCAGGGUUAGGAUUGUCGCCUCCCUCGGGGGUCAGCGGGAAGGGCGUGUGCAUCGCUCGGGAAAGCGCAGACGUGUUCGCUUCGUAGGACUUUUGUACGAUGUAGCCCCGCACUGGAUGGCGUGAAAAACUGUUGGAUUGUUGUGGUUUUUGUUCCUUCGGAAUGAGAUGUGAAGAUGCUGCACCUUGUGUUUGACCCACUGAAUAAAACCUCGAUCUCAGACAAGAGUCCUGACCUUUGACCUCACCACUGCCACCGAUGCACUUAAACCUGUACGAGCGGCUGCUUUCUCACAGCGGACCGAUCCGGAACCGUGCUUAAACUCAAGGUGCACUGACAAUCACAGAUCAGGACAUGAAUAAAAGUGAUCUUUGCAUACAGA